AUGGCUUGUCGAACUCAAAUGGCUCUACAAGCUCUGUGGCAGGCUGUCUGGUGGAUCGGCGCUCACAGCGGUUCAGGUCUGCUCUGGAUGAGUUCGACGAUGGUUCAAAAUGGUGGUGUCAAGUUGACCGGCUGGGCACAGGCUGCCGCAAAGGCACUGCCCAAGCAGCAGCAGCAGCAGCGGCCAAAGGCCGCUGCCGCGGGCAGCUCGGCGAAGAACGGAUCUGCAAGCGUGCUGACGGCUUCUGGGUCGGCAGCGUCGCUUUCCUCGGCGAACGGCAGGGGCAAGAAGAAGCCGGUCAGACAGCCUUACAACCGGGACGAGGUGCGGUCGUACAUGAAAUCGCUGUUCGAGGAGCAGGUGGCAAAGCUAGGCAACAGGGAGACGUUCAGCACUGGCCGAGGCAGCCAGCGGAAGAACGGGUCGCUUGACUGGGGUGCCGUGACCAGCAAUAAGUACAGAAAUAAAAAAUACGGCUGCUUGAACGAGAUCGCUCAAGUGCUGUGCAAAUAG